AUGUCUGAGAGUCUAGAAUUUGUUCUUGUGUUGGGAAUUUUACUGUCUUCAACCGAAUCCAAUCCUAUUACGAAUACCAAUUUCAACGAACACAUCAGGGAAUUUUCUUUGAAGGAUAAUAAUUCUACAAAUGCUGAGGCAAUGCAUAAAGAGGGUUUAGCACGGUAUGCUAAUUUUGCUCAAAAUAAUCCUCAAAGCAUUAAGUUCUCUGAUAAUGCCAUAGCUGCCUCGAGUUAUAGCAAAGGUUUCUCACAUCAUGAACAUCCAGGUCAUGGAGUAUAUGAUCACGAAGAAACGCCAUAUUAUUACGGUCAAGAAUACCAUAGGCCAGUUGAGCAUGAUAUCCAUGGCUUUGAACAUAGUUACCAUGAAGCACAUGGUCAUGCUAACUACGGUCAUCAUGUUGGACAUUAUCAUCAGUCUUUAGCAGCAAAAGCGGUUUUGUGGCCGUUAGCUGGGAUUGCCCUCCUAGGGGCUGCUGCAGCCCUGGUUUCCAACCCAAUUUUACUUCAACUUGGGGUGGCUACUGGUAAAAGACGACGACGCGAUGCGGAUACAGAGAUCGACACGGCUUUAGAUUGGUUACAAAAUACUCCAGAAAUGUGUGUCGAAGAAUCAUCUGUUGAAACUAAAUCAAGUCAACCUAGCCAAAUGCCUAGCAAAAGAGUUAAGAAAAAAAGAGAAAAAACGAAUUGA